AUGACUAGUAAUAAUAAUAAUAAUAAUAAUAAUAAUAAUAAUAAUAAUAAUAAUAAUAAUAAUAAUAAUAAUAAAAAUAUCACUAGUAAUAAUAGUAGUGGUGGCGGUGGUAGUGGUAGUGGUGGAUCAAACUUUGGAUUUGGAUGGGUAUCAUCAUUUAGUGAUCAAUUGAAUCAAAUUAAAGAUGUUAUGACAUCAGAGGGUGGUUAUGGUGAAGAAUAUGAUGAUGAUAGAGAUGAAGGUGAAGAAGAGGACGAAGUAUUUGUUUUAAGAGCAGAGGCAUUAAAGUAUAAACAAGAUAUAACUCAAUUAGAACAAAGAAUUUUAGAGUUUGAACAAAGGGAAGUAAACAUUUCAAAAGAAUAUUCUUUAAUUUUAAAAGAGAAAAAUAAUGAAAUCUCUGAUUUAAAAUCAAUAAAUGAAAAUUUAAAAUCUUCUUUAAUUUCACCAAAACAACAACAAUUAGCUCUUGAUGAUAAUAAUAAUAAUAAUAAUAAUAAUAAUAAUAAUAAUAAUAAUAAUAAUAAUAAUAAUAAUAAUAAUAAUAAUAAUAAUAAUAAAACAACAAAUAAUGUAGAUAUUAAAAAGGAUCAACAACAAUUCACAAAACAUGAUAAUGAAUCAUUAGGUAUACCAUUGGAUGAUGAUGAUUUUACAACUGGUGUCGGAGGUAAAGAUGAUAAUAACAAUAAUAAUAUUUUAAAAGAACAAUUUGAAAAAAACAAAGAAGAUUAUCAAAAUCAAAUUUUAUCAAUUCAAGAAGUUCACCAAGAAAAGUUAUAUGAUUUAACAAUGAAAAUUGAACAAUUGGAACAAAAGAUAUCAACAUUAGAUGAUGAAAAAUUAAAAAUUGAAACUGAAAAAACACAACUUCAAACCAUAAAUGAAAAUUUAAAAAAACAAAAUCAAACAUACUCAUCCACUAUAAAUGAAUUAAAUGAAAAUAUUGAUCAAUUGUCAACGACAACAACCACAACAACCAUUACAGAUGUAAAUAAUGGUUUGGAUACAGAGAAACAACAAACAGAAAAUAUUGAACAACAAACUCAAAUUAAUACAUUAAAAGAACAAGUUAAUAAAUCAAAUAAGGAAUUGGCAAGAUUAAGACAACAUUUAAUUGAUAUGGAAGAUCAACAUACUACUAUUGAUUUAGAGAAUGAAGAAAGAAUUUCACAAUUAGAACAAUUAUUAAAGAAAUCUAAUGAACAAAAUAUAAACAAUCAAUUAAUGAACGAACAAAUUAUUAAACUUGGUAAAGAUUUAAUUGAAAAAGAUGAACAGUUAAGACAAUCUAAUCAACAAUUAACAAAUCUAAAUAGUGUUUUGGAGCAAUUCCAAGCCGAUCAAGAAAUUACAAUCCAAAAUGAAGUGAUUCAUUUGGAACAAAAGUUGGAACAAAAUAACAAAGAGAUUGAAUCCUUAAAGAAGGAUCAAUUAGGUUAUAUUGAUUUACAAAAAAAAUAUUCAAUUGCUCAAGAUCAAAUUCAAUUACUCUAUCAAGAUAUUCAAAGUAAAACUUUUGAUUUUAUAAAAUUAAAAGAAGAUAUUGAACCUUUAAAGGUUGCUUUCGAUAAAACUAUUCUAAGAUUAGGUGAUAUGUGUUUACAAGAACAGGAAUCUGUUGAUAAGAGAGUAGUUAGUAAAUUAUUUUUAAAUUAUUUUAGUGGUAAUAAAAAAACAGAGAUUUUGGAAUUAAUUGCAAAAAUAUUAAACUUUAGUGAUGCUGAGAAAAUUUCUAUUGGUUUAACAAAAAAAGGUCAAUGGUCUUUAUUACCACCAUUCUUUGGAAAUAAAGAUGGUAAUAAUCAUGAAGGAAAUGAUAAUGGAGAAAAACCUUUGGCAGAAAUGUGGAUAGAAUUUUUAUUAAAAGAAUCAUCAGGUGAAAUUAAUAAUAAUAAUAAUAAUAAUAAUAAUAAUAAUAAUAAUAAUAAUAAUAAUAAUAAUAAUAAUAAUAAUAAUAAUAAUAAUAAUAAUAAUAAUAAUAAUAAUAAUAAUAAUAAUAAUAAUAAUAAUAUAAAUGCAACUAAUCAUAAUGAUAAUAUUAAUGGUAAUAAUCAAUUAAAUAAUAAUCAUAAUAAUUUAAGUAAUCCUACACCAUUUUCAACACCAGUUAAACCACCUCAUUCAUUCCAACAACCUUCAUCACCUCCAACCACUCCAUUCAAAGCUGUAAAUAAUAACUACUUUAGUGUCACACCUGUUUUUUUCUGCCCAACUAAAAUUUUUUUUUUUUUUUCAUUUUUUGUAUUUUUAACUAAAGAUAUGAUUCAUUUAUUUUUACACAAUGAAAUUUAUGAAUUUGCUGAGGAUGAUAUAAAAAAAAAAGAAUCAAAUAUUAAAACAGUUAGAUUCAAAGAUUUGUUUACAAAUAAUUUAAAAAUUAAAAAAAAACAACAACAUCAAGAAGAGGAAGAAGAAAAAGAAAAAGAAGAAAAAGAAGAAAAAGAAGAAGAAACAUUAUUAAAAAGUUUAAAUAAUUUAAAUUUAAAAGAUGAUUGUGGCCAAUCAAUUAGAAAUUUAAUUUUCUCAAGUUUUGUUUGUGAUUGGAACUGGUUUUUCAGUCAAUUAGAUAUUCAAACUUUAAAUUCAAAUCAUGUAAAUAUUCAAAUGGCAUUGAAUUAUAAUUUAUCAAAUGGUGAAACUGAAUCUUCAAUAUUUAAUAAUUCUAAAUUCAUAAUUACAAAUCAAUACCAAAAAGGUAUAACAAACUCAAUACCAAUAAAAUUAAUUGAUAGUACAAAUAAUGAAUUGCUUAAUUUCAAUUUAGUUUACCCAAAGUUAAAAAAUGGAUAUGGCAUAAUUCAUUCAAAAAUUAUCAUUAUAGAGUUUGAUGGUUUUCUAAGAGUAGUAAUUUCCUCUAGUAACUUGACUAAAUCUGACUGGGAAAUUUUAGGUCAAACAAUUUUUAUAGUUGAUUUAAUUAGAAUCAAUAAAAAUGAAAGAAAUCAAUUUGAAAAAGAAAAUAAUAAUAAUAAUAAUAAUAAUAAUAAUAAUAAUAAUAAUAAUAAUAAUAAUAAUAAUAAUAAUAAUAAUAAUAAUAAUAAUAAUAAUAAUAAUAAUAAUAAUAAUAAUAAUAAUAAUAAUAAUAAUAAUAAUAAUAAUAAUAAUUUUAAAAGUGAAUUAAUUGAUUUAUUGAAUGAAAUGGGAUUUAAAAAUCCAAUAGAUUCAAAUCAUUCCAUUGAAAGUUAUUUAAAUAACUUUGAUUUUUCAAUAUGUUUAGAUAAUGAUAUUCAUAUCAUUUCAUCAAUACCAAACAGUAAAGAUGGUUUAUUAAAUUUGAAAUUAAUCGUUCAAAAUUUUUAUAAUAACAAUGUUAAUACAAUAGAUAAAAAUUUUUUAUUGACCUAUCAAAGUAGUGCAAUAGGUAGUACAAAAAAGCUUUGGUUUGAAAAGUUUAAAGAAUAUUUAUUUCCAGUGGAAAAUGACCAAGAUGAAAAUAUGAAUAAAAAAGUAAAUAUAAUUUUCCCAACUUUAGAAACAAUAAAUUCUAUUUCUGUUAAAAAUCAAUUAAGAGGUUUAGAAUCAAUAACCAUAAGAUAUCAUGACAAUAGCGAUUAUUUUGAAAAAAAUAAUUUAUUAUAUGAUUAUUACCCAAGAAACAAUAAUGAUAAAGAUAUUGAUAAUAUUAAUAGUAAUAGUAAUAAUAAUAAUAAUAAUAAUAAAAACCAAGUUGAAGAAGAAAAUAUUAUUCCUCUUCAUUCAAAAAUUAUUAUUUUAAAAAAUCUUGAUGGAUUUGGAUGGGUAUAUCAUGGAAGUCAUAAUUUAUCGGAAGUUUCUUGGUGCAAUAACAACUAUGAAACAGGAGUUUGGUUCAGUUUAAAUACUUUUAAAAAAUUUGAAGGAUUAAAUGCUCCACCACAAAGGUUUAAAUAUCCAUCAAACAAAUAUUGCAAAUAUAUAAAUAGUUCGAUUGGAUCACCUUGGAAAUUUAAAAAUCAUUAUAAAAUAAUUUACAGUCCUCAACAGUCAACCCAAAACCCAGGUAUUAAUCAACAUGAUGAUAAUGACGAUGAUGAUGAUGAUAAUGAUGAUGGUGAAAGUGAAGAACCACUUUCCUAUCAUUGGAAUCAAUUUAAAAUUGAAAAUCAAAAAUAUUUCAAUAAAGAAUAA